GUUCAUUUUCAAACGGUUUCGAGUCAAUGUCGCGGACGGGCGUCGUCGCGGUCUUCGUCGCUGGUUGGCCAUUCUUCGGCGGGUCUUGACAGAAUCAGAACUAGACACCUUACGGACAUCGGGGUGGCCGCGCGCUUAGUUGGCAAGUGGCCGUCCUCGGGUUAAGACCUAGGUGCUCUCCCGAGGGGAAGAAGACGGGAGUUGAGUGUGAAGAGUUGAGUAAAGUGUUGAGACAAGUGUGCGGAUUGCUGUCAGAGCAUGGUCUGAAACAAAGUGAGAAGGAUUUAAACUGGGCAGCAACAGGUUCAAUUAUUUAUGGUGGAUUAAAACGCGAACAGUGCGUGAAAAAUGAAGAUAUUCGUGGGAUUGGUCGCCGGGCUAGCCCUGAUGGGAUUGACCACAGCAGCAGCAGCAGCGGUAGCAGAUUCCCUGGAAGAAGAACUGAACGAUUCCGAGGUUGUGGAAGCCAGCGAGCUCAAGCCGCGCCAACCACGACAUCUUUGGCUGACAACGCGUACGACCACGUGGACGCAAGCACUCGGCGAUGGCAGCCCGUGCCUCACCUCCAAAGGACACCUCGGUUCAUGCACCUCGUUCCGCAAGUGCUACCCAUACUUCAAGGUGCCCGACCUGAGCGUCUGGGAAUCCUGGGUCCUCGGAAACUACGACACCUGCAGCUACUUCAACGACCAGGGCCGGCAAGCCUUCGGCGUGUGCUGUACGAACCCAAUCACCCCGAUGCCCCCAACGGAUUCCUCCGUCGAAACCACAACCGCAGCUCCCCCAGUCGUCGUAGCCGGCAGUGGCAACGAACUCGGCAGCGAAACCCAGAAGAAACCCCCCAAAAACAACAACUACCCGAGUUGGCCACCACCAGUCCCAACCCAUCCACCGGACCACACUGCGGCCACUCAUCCACCCUCGUUCACCUCCUCGACGCCGGCCUCGUUCGUGACGACGGAAGCGCCAACAACCGCCAGACCGGCCUCGACAACGUGGCCAACAAAACCACGACCGCCCUCGGAAGGGAACCAACCGACGAACACACCUCCGGCGAUGGUUUGGCCACCGCCAAUUCCGACGCAUCCGCCCAUGCCGCAGGUUGAGGUGACCACCACCAGCCGGCCGGGAGCAGGUGGCGGUCAACCGGGGGGAGGUGCAGGAAUUGGAGGUGGUUCUUUCUCCCGAUGUGGAGUCAAGAACGGAAAUCCGGACACGGAACGCAUCGUGGGCGGCCACAACGCCGACCCGAACGAGUGGCCCUGGAUCGCGGCCCUGUUCAACAACGGGCGCCAGUUCUGCGGCGGCUCGCUGAUCGACAACAUCCACAUUCUGACGGCGGCCCAUUGCGUGGCACAUAUGAGCUCCUGGGACGUGGCCCGGCUAUCGGUGAAGCUCGGUGACCAUAAUAUCCGAUCUACAACGGAGGUGGUGCACGUCGAACGAAAGGUCAAGCGACUGGUGCGACAUCGUGGCUUCGAUUCACGAACUUUGUACAACGACAUCGCGGUGCUGACGAUGGAUCAACCGGUUCAGUUCUCGAAAUCGGUUCGACCGAUUUGUCUGCCAGGCGGUGAUAGCUCCCGGGCCUACAACGGAUUGACGGCCACCGUCAUUGGCUGGGGUAGCUUGCGAGAAAACGGACCUCAACCGGCAAUUUUGCAAGAAGUGAACCUGCCGAUUUGGACCAACCCGGAGUGCAGUCGAAAGUACGGGGCGGCAGCCCCGGGAGGAAUCAUCGAAUCGAUGCUGUGCGCCGGACAAGCGGCCAAGGAUUCAUGCAGUGGUGAUUCCGGUGGUCCGCUGAUGGUCAACGACGGCGGCUGGACCCAGGUCGGAGUGGUCUCGUGGGGCAUUGGCUGCGGCAAGGGUCAGUAUCCGGGGGUGUACUCGCGGGUGACCUCGUUUAUGCCCUGGAUUACGAAGAACACGAAGGAUACUUGAAGGAGCGGGUUCACGGGCGUAGGGCGUGAUUUUGCUUUUAAUUUUUCCAGCAGUAAUGCUUGUGAUUGCUGCCAAUUUUUAACAUGAAAACAGUAUUGUGUGUAUAAAAAUAAAAUUUUCAGCGAAAAUUAAAUUCUGUUUUG